UGGUACAAGGAUCGUGGCUCAUUUGAGCUCCCAAGUGACCGCUUCCCCAGCAGCAAGCAUGAGACCGGUCUCUGAAGACCAGAUUCCUCUGCAUGAAGAAUUCAUAUACUGUUGUGGAGCCGCUACUCAGGUCCUGAAGUGUGGGCCCUGGAGAGACCUCUUGAAUGGUGAAAGUACAGAUCUCCCCAGGCUCUUAUUUCUGAUUAUUCCUGGUAACCCAGGAUUGGCAGGUUAUUACAGGACCUUCAUCCAGGCUCUUUAUUGCGGACUAAACCAGCAGUAUCCAGUUUGGGCAGUGAGCCAUGCGGGGCACUGUAAACCCCCGAGUGGUAUGGAAAUGACAGAAGACACUGAUAUUAAAGAACUAGAGGAUAUAUUUGGACUUCACGGACAAACAGAACACAAGCUGGACUUUCUCCGAAAGAACGUGCCAAAAGAUAUGAAGCUUGUGCUGAUUGGCCAUUCAAUUGGUUGCUACAUCACCCUUGAAAUGAUGAAGCGGGCAUCAGAACUUAAGGUUCUUCGCGCUGUACUGCUGUUUCCGACAAUAGAGCGCAUGGCUCAGUCCCCCAAAGGCAAGUUCAUGACACCUCUGCUGUGCAAGCUGCGGUACAUUCUGUACAUGCCAGUCUACCUGCUAUCGUUUCUGCCAGAAAGAGCCAAAACUUCCAUAGUGCGGUUUGCACUGCGAGGGCUUAAAUGUCCUGAUGAAGCUUCAGUAGCUACCUCCAUAAAUCUCUUCAGCGUGGACUGCAUUGCGAAUAUCCUCUACAUGGCAAGCCAAGAAAUGCUGAAGGUUGUGGACAGAGACAGCACAACUAUUCAGCAAAAUUUGAAAAAGCUGAUAUUUUAUUACGGGACUGCAGAUGGCUGGUGUCCACAACAGUAUUACGAGGAGAUCAAGAUGGAUUUCCCCGACGGGGAUAUUCGGCUCUGCGAGAGAGGCUUCCGGCACGCUUUCGUCCUAGAUGCCAGCAAAGAGAUGGCUGCCAUGAUUACACACUGGCUACAAGAUGACCUGACCAAACUAUAAACAUUGCUUCAGUGAAUAACCACACAAAAGAUGUAACUAUUUUGUGAAUGUGUAAUUUCUUUGUGAAAGAGUCUGUCCCUAACUACUCCAUUUGUUACAGGUUAUGGCUUGUUUUCUACUGACAUGUUUUCGAGAAGGUAAAAUGUGACAACUGGGUGGUCUAAAGAAUAGUGUCAGGCUUAUGAUAUUGGGCUCCCAGGCUGUGGCUUCAGGGCUUUGUAAUGUGUGGAGUACUCAGCUGACACAAGCGUAUGCAACAUUGGUAUUAGAGUCAAUGGGGCCAUGUUUAUGCCACUUCCCUCUCAGGCCAUGUCCCCCACCAAGAAAAAAACACUCCUUCUCUGUUGUUCACACCUAGCAGUUAGGCAGUGCAAAAGUCUUGCAGCGUCCUUUUGCCACCACAAGUGAGAGAGUAUAGACGUCGCCUACGGUAGUGGUUUUGAACCUUUUUAGACUCAAGACCUCUUCCAUAACUUUUCAAAAAUUUAGUGGCACCUAUUUCUUGCAGUGCUUACUUUCUUAUACCCCACUGUACCCUUAAAAAGAUUUCAUGGAGUGGCAGGGCAGGCAGCAGCAGGCAGGGCACCCCUGAGAGUCUGGGGAGGGGUGCAGCAUGCUUAGAGCUGACAGGGGCUGCUAGGCAUUGCAGCUGCAGAGGUCAGUGCCAAGUGAGGGCAGCAGAGAUAGGACCCUGUUGUGCCCUGCUCUUUACACCAUCUGCCCCCUCUCUGCCCCUGCUCUGUAUUUGAGGGAAUGAGCACAGCCCUUGCCACCAAACCUGCUUCUCCGGGGACUUGAAUGUCAGUGACCAGACCCACAUUCUCCACAGCCCCUCCCACCAGCUCCAGAAGCAUGGGAGGAGCAGCAAAAUGAGUCAGUCUGAAAAAGAACAGUCCUGUGUCCAUCCAUCUGUGGCAGAUCCCACCGUUUCAAACACAGGAGUGGUUGGCCAGUGGGUAGGGACUGCACUUUUCAGCUCAGCUCUCCCCUACUCCUCCCAUGGUCCUGGAGCUGGUAGGAGAGGCUCUGGGAAAUGGCACUGGGACCCCAGGAUGUGCAGGGUGCCCAGCACAUGGAGGUGCCAGCACUUAUCUCCUCUCACAGGGGUGGGUGCUGCAGGACCCUUCAAAGGAUCUUCUAGACCCCCAGGGUGCUACCGAACCCCAGUUGAGAAUCACUGGCCUACACCUUCUGUCAGGAUACAUCUGGUAUGCAUAAGGAGAUACAGAUUCAAAAUAAUAGCAGGGAACGUAAAGACCCAAGCAAAAGAGUAUGUCUCAAGUUUAUAACUAACUAUAUUUAUCCACUUAUGUAAGCUGCUUGCUCUCAACAAUACCUUGACCUUACUGAAGUUAGCGGGAAUUUCAGGUGUUCAACCAGUUUGAAAAACCAAGCCACAUGUAUUAUGUGCCUAAAUGUGAAGCCAGAUCCAUAACUCCAGGUACUUAAGACUUUUGUCCCAAAGGCCCAAGUUACACAAAUUCACAGUCAGAAAAGGGCCAGUGUUUCUGUCACAGUUGCUGUGCCUGAUGAACCCCCUCAGAAUAUUUUAGGACCACGUUCUCAGCUGCCAUCAAUAAGCAGAGCUUCAUCAAAGUCUUUGACUGACCAAGGCUCUGGUCCUUGCUCUAGUUCAUUCCUAAGGAUACUCUCUUUCUUCAACAUGCAUGACCUUCCUUCUUUUAUUUUAAUUCAAUAGAGACUGUAAACAGAAAAUACAGAAAGAAAUCUCCAAAUAUUUGUGAUGAAACAGAAUCGUGACUUAAAGCUGAGAAUUAAGCCAAUGUAAGCACUGGGAGCAGAAAUUACCAGAAGAGACAAGUGGAAUCAGGAAAGACUUCAUAUUAGUGAGACUCUGAAAUAGUAUCCUGAAAGAAAAGGUAUAAAACCAGUGGCAGAAGGCAUUUAUACAAAGACAUAGCACUACAUGAAUGAUACAAGAUGUUUGCUGUUAUGGCAAAGAGAUGGGUUACAUGACCUGCUGGGUCUUUUCCAUCUCUAACUUGUAUGAUUCAUUAAGAAGGUAAAUAAGUCACUACAGAGAAGGGUACUGGGGAAGGUACUGUAUGAUUUGGGAAGACAGAUUGGAAGAGGUUUCUUGUUUUUCCCCCUUUGUAUGAGUACACAAAGACACUUCUCACCAUUUCUGGUUCCCCAUAACCUCAGCAUGCUGUUUCUAGAUACUUUUGGACUUGCCUUCAGAGCUGCAGAUGUACAGUAGGUUUAAAUGACCUUUUCCUGCAACACUAGCAGCUUAGCUGUUGAAACGGACAAACGCAUUUCCAGAUGACGCCGGCAUUUAGUGAAACAGAAGAUGAUGCUCAAGUGGAUGUUUUAAGAAGUCAGUAGCAGCAGUGUGGGGAGUAUCAGCAUAAGCUGAAUAUAUGUGAAGCCAUUUUUGCAGACUGCCCUAUGAUUUUAGCUCACGUUUACAGCAAGCUCAGAGGCUGCCUUCCCUCUGCACAGCUAUAAUCACGAGAAUUUCUUUUGUUACCUAAUACGGGCGAGGAAACAAAAAUUCGCAAUGCCAGUUUUGAACUCCAAAGCCAUCUCUGUUCAAACAGCCCCUAGGUGAUGCACAGUUAUUUUGGAUAUUCUUUUUAUUGCAGCAGUUGACCCCAUUUGCCGGCAUGGGCAUGUAGGGUCCACGAUAUAUGUGUGUUUGAAACACAGCAGAUGGUUCAAACGGUUGUUGUGUACUUACUCAUUGAUAUGACUGAAUAAACGUUUGUUUCUUGGAGUAUAUGGGAUCAAAUGAUCAGUCUGUAAAAAUUCAGCUCUUCUAGAUGGGCCUCCAAGAGAUGGGAUACAUUUGUAGUGACUGGAGAAUACAAGCUACUGUUAGGUCUGGGUACUGAAAGCCAAUGGUAAACUCUUGUUCAAGGUGUAUGAGUCAUAGACGUUAUAUGGGGAACUUGCUUAAUGCAUGGACUCAGGCUGUGUAUUCCUUUUUACAUUUUGCCCUGUUAAUCUAUUUCAGUACAUUCCUCUGAUUGCCAUAAGACAACCAGAGGGCAGAAUUGGUUAAGAACAGUCAGAUUUGCUUGUUGCUAUUCCCUUAUGCCUUUAUUAGAUGUUUUUCCUGUGACAUUAAUGAGAACGUUGUGACACAAUUAAUUCCUUCCUCGUAGGAGCUGGUACCCCUUGGCUGAGAUCUGAACGGUCCCCAUUGUGCUCAGCGCUAAAAGGCCUGGGCCUGGGUUUCAGAAGUUCUGUGAAAGGCCAUGAGAACUGCAGGCCUUCAACAGCCCUGAAACCAAACUGAUUGAGCUUUGCUGAGGGAUUUGGCCAGCAAUGUGAGGAACACUGUUCUUGUCAUACAGGUGACUUUCCAGUGCCUCUGCUGAAAGCAAGGACCUUGCAGGGAGAAAAUCCAACUCUUCUGGUGCUAAGGGGUUAACAAGGAUCUGAGUCCAAAAAAAGUCUGAGAAGAGUGCAUGGGCCAAACGUGAUGCUUCCUUUAAGCAGACAGAAAAAUCCUUGUUUCUCAAUACGACUGGGAGUCCCUCCGCAAAUGAAUUUGUGUUGUUACAACCUGAUCUACUCAAGCACUUGUGUACGUGUGUACUUUAAGCGUCUGAGUACUUCUAUUCACUUCAAUGGCACUUCUGCUCAUGCUUGGGUCAACGUGUUUUAAGAAAGUGAGCAAAUACUAUAAGAG